AUGGAGAUGCUUUCUAAACUCACGCUCCCCAUCGUAGUGAUCUCAGUGCUGGUCGCUUGCAGUCCGACGGAGGCAUGGUACAAGCAGGUGGCCGGUCCGAGCUACUACUCCGUGGGCAGGGCGUCCGGUUUGCUGUCCGGUACCCGGAGAUCAGCAUACGUGAGAAGAGAGGAGCCGUACCACUCAGAGCUCGAUGAAUCUGCAAUCAAAGACGUGUUUUCUGAAUUACCUGCGUCCAGUUCCAUUUUGAAGACGAUGCCCGUUUGUAUAAAAGAUAUUACACCAAACCUGCAGAGCUGUGAACACAUCCAGGGAAUCAAGGGUUCGUUUCGGUGCAAAGCGGACAUCUUCCUCUCUCUGGACUCCUCAGACUGUGAGGCAGCCUGA